UAACACCCAAGCAACGAUCGAUCGAUAGUGAAAAUCUAGCUUUAAUGUCUCUUCAAAACAAUUGGAUGUCCUUGCUGUGCCUGGCACUCAGUGCUCUCUUGCCCUUAGCUUGGAGCCGCUCGUUGACCGUUUCCCUGAAUAUGUCAAUGACCCGUACCCUCACCCCGGAUCCACUUAAUGGCACCGAGCCCAAGCUCAGCCAGGAGAUGCUAAGGUCCUGUAUGCGUAAAACAGAGAUUUCAAUGUCUCAGCUGAAGCUCUUCCACAUGAGUCUGAUGAACAAUGAUUAUAAUAACGAGAAUGAUGUUGUUCCCGCUCCGGCUCAGUCCAUGGGUGAGGUGAACAACCUGGGAGACUUGGACUAUCCCGGCGGUGGCCAGCUGCCGUUCCUCGAUCUCAAGCAUAAUGAGCCGCUGCAGUGCUUCGUGAGCUGUCUGUAUGAGACACUGGAUCUGGAUCGAUAUAAUGUCCUGUUAGAGGAGGCCUUCAAGAACCAGGUCCAGACAAUUAUUCAGCACGAGAAGGCCGAGAUAAAGGAGUGCAGCGAUUUGCAGGGCAAGACCCGCUGUGAGGCAGCCUACAAGUUGCACCUGUGCUACAAUCAUCUCAAGACGCUGGAGGCGGAGCAGCGGAUCCGCGAGAUUCUGGAGCGGACGGAGGCGGAGAGCGAGGGCCUCGGACCCGAUGGCACUGACUUUAUCGAUGGCAUUCAGCAUUCCGGCGAGGCGGUAACCAAGUCGGAGUAGGUUGAGAGUGUAUUUCUGGGUUUCAUCCCAUCUUAU